CGACCAAUUGCAGCUCUACCCAAAAACCAUUUCAGCGUGGAUCAAGAGCAAACAAAUUGCAUCAUAAGAAUGAAGAAUACAAAAAGGUCUUCUAGCCAUUCUCAACAUCAUAUUAUGGCAGAAAGGAAGCGCAGGGAGAAGCUGACACAGCAAUUCUUAGCAUUGUCUGCCAUACUCCCUGGCCUAAAGAAGACAGAUAAGGCCUCUGUUCUUGGGGACGCCAUUAAAUAUGUAAAGCAGCUGCAGGAAAGGCAGAGAUUCUUAGAGGGACAAAUACCCAACCCAGAGAUGAGAUCAAUUCCAGGAUCUCCCAAUCCCAAGGAUGACAAUUCAUCAGGAGGAAGAAAUGAAAUGCGACAAAGCACUUCAUCAAGCACCCUACCAGAGAUCCAGGUUCGAGUCCUGGCCACGCAGGUGUUGAUUCGCAUCCAUUGUCAUAAAAUGAAAGGGAUACUCAUCAAAGUAUUUACAGAGCUUGAGAAGCUUCAAUUAUCUGUGGUGAGCGCCAAUGUCCUCACAUUUGCAGAGACUGCACUGGAUUUGUCCUUGACUGCUGAGAUGGAGCAGGGAUGGAAUUUGACAGUUGAUGACAUCAUCAGGACCUUGAGAACCACCAUGGACCUAUACCUGAGAUAAGGAAUAAUCCACUUACAAUCCAAUGAAUUCAUAAACCAUCAUAAAUCAUUCUUCUUC